UUUUUUUUUUUCUUUUUUUUUCUCUUUGUUUGAUUUUUUUUUUUUUUUUUUUUUUUUUUUGGCUGGGUUCGCAGCAGCAACAGCCACUACAUAACUCGUCCCCGCUGCCGCCAGCACGCACCAUCGAUUCGGCAGUCUCAAGAGUCAACCCCAACACUUACAUCACCGCAACAGCAUGGAGUACCAGGAGCAGCAGCCGCCGCCGCCGCAGUAUGUGUCGGAAGUCAACCUCGCAGCUCUUUUGCCGGAAGCUGUUGUCGACCUCCCCACGUUCCUGAAAUUGCGAAUGGACCCUUCGGACAACACGUUUCUGCUCGAGACAUCAUACGAGCUCCUAUCAAAGGCCCCUGAACGACUGUCGCUCUUCCGGCAGGGCUUGGCAACUGGCGAUUACAUUGCACUCAAGCACCUUGCACAUCGCGAGAAGGGCUCUGCGAGCACGCUCGGCUUCAACCGAUUAGCAAAUGCAAUGCUGCGCUUCGAGUAUGCAUCGUACUUGGUGAUCUACCAAUUCAUUCAACCCGAUGCUCAACAGUUCAGCACGCUGUACUACACUAUUGAGCGCGAGUAUUCAGUGCUGCGCGACUAUCUUCAAAAGCUGUUUGCCAGCCAAGCCCAUCCUGCGCACUAAAGCCAUUGAGUGGCACUGGCUACCUGUGCCGUAGCCUGCUUUUGCAGCAUCGUGUAUUUUUCGUUAGUCAUUAGUCUGUAUAUUGUAAUUGAGUUGUUUCAUCGCUUGCAGUAUCGCUAGUCAAUGUACAUUGUCUAAAUCAAAGUAAAAAGCCGACCGAAGAAAUGUCGGAAAUUCUCCACA